GAGAUUCUAUUUGAAGGUUCAUUCGCGUAAAUUAUUGCUUGGCGGCAAGAGUUAGAAAUGUCACAAGAUUUGUUCAAAGGAAAAUUGAUACAGUUUUAUUGAACAAAUAUUUUGUUUCUGCUAUUCAUAUAAAAUAAGCAAAAAAGUUUUAAUUAAUACGAAUAUUUGAAGUCAAAAAAAGUUUUAUUAAUCAAUAUUUAAUGAGACAACAAUAUGAGAAAUUGCAAUUUCAUCAAUACUUUUAUUUUUGUGUAUUGGUUGAUUUUUAAUAAUUAUUGUGCAGCUAAGGAUAAAAAAAGUACAAAUAAAAACAUAAUAAUUAUUGGUGCUGGAGCAGCAGGAAUUUCAGCAGUGACUAAAUUAUUUGAACAUGGUUUUACAAAUCUCACAGUAUUAGAAGCCGAGAAUAGAAUUGGAGGUCGCUUAUACACUACAAAAUUUGGUAAUUAUUCCGUGGACCUCGGUGGUCAGUGGAUACAUGGGCAAAAGAAUAAUACAGCGUUCGAAUUAGCUUAUCCUUUGGGUUUACUCGACACAAGGAAUGUUACAGAAUUCAACGAAAUGCUACUGGAUUUAUCUGGAAGUGUUUUCAGUGAUACUGUUAGCGAAAAUAUUAUGAUAUUUAUUAGUAAUUAUUUACUACAAGAAAUACCUAAUAAACAUUCUACAUCCGCUAAAAAUUAUGGUGAAUUUAUAAAAGAAACGUUCGAAAGAGAAUUUAAAAAUGUAUCUGAAAUUAUAAAACACAAAACAGCAUUGCUACAUUAUUUGGAAAUGUUGGUUUUGAGUGGAGAUUCGGGUGAUUCUUGGUAUGAUGUUGCUAUCAGAGAUCCUGAUGGAUACAUUGAUUGCGAUGGCGAUCAGAAAGUUAACUGGAAAAUGCAGGGCUAUGGUUUCAUUAUAGACGUAUUAUUGAAACGGUAUCCAGAUCCAAAAAAAGAAAUACCGAUUUUAAAAAAUAUAGUACUCAAUUCCGAAGUAACUUCUAUUGAUUAUUCUGGAAAUGGGCAGCCAAUUUCAAUAACUACUAAAAACGGUCAAGUUUAUAAGGCGGAUCACGUUAUAUUAACAGUUUCGUUAGGAGUUUUAAAAGAAAAGUAUAAGACAUUAUUUAAUCCUAAUUUACCGGAUAAUAAAGUUAGUGCCAUAGAGGGGCUUGGUUUUGGAAGUGCUGGAAAGGUGUAUUUAUUGUUUGAAAGCCCCUUUUGGCAACUUAAAGGCGAGAAGUCUAUGCACUACGGGUUUAUAUGGGAUGAAGAAGAGAUAAAGGCUAGAGAACAAGACUUGGAAAAAAAAUGGACUUUGGGAGUCUUAGGAGCUUCCACCGUUGAACAUAAACCAAAUCUAUUAGAGUUUUACAUUGCAAGUCGAUAUUCUAAAGUAAUGGAGGAAAUUAGCGACGAAAAAAUGUUCAGUCAGUCAGUUGAACUGUUAGAACGGUUUAUGGGAAGAACACAUAAAGUUACAAAACCCCUUGCCAUAAUGAGAACGCAGUGGUACACCAAUCCGCAUUUUAAGGGAACUUACAGUUAUCGGGAUAUUGAGUCAGAUAAACGAAAAGUUUAUCCGAAAACUUUAGAAGAACCUAUCUAUUCGGAUGAACUUAAAAUUUUAUUCGCGGGAGAAGCUACAUCUCUACAUAGAUAUUCAACAGCUGAUGGAGCUAUUGAAUCUGGUUGGACAGCCGCAAAUCGUUUGAUAAAAUUUUAUGAAAUAAUGCCGUCGAAGCAGUAAAAUUACCACUUUUGUAAGUUUUGGUAGACUCGAUAUCUGCAGAAUUCUGGAAUUUCCUUUUUUAUACUUAUAAUUAUUUGAGGAGAUAUAAUGUACUGUUAUCGACAGAUUUAUUGCACCAUGAAUUAUUAUUGAGUAUAUUUUUUAGAAAAAAAUAUGUAAAACUACGAACGUAUUUUUAUAGAACCCAUGACCUCAGAAGCCUGGGCUCUUACCCACUAAGCCACCGUGACCUUUGUUAAAUUUAUUAAACCGUAUGGGUUUGAUAAAUUUAAUUAUACGAAAGUUUCAAGGCUAAUAAUUAGAGAUUGAUAUUAUUUAUUAAAAAAUAUCUUGAUUGUUUCUACGAAAUUAAUUGAAAUGAUUGCAAUGAGAGGUAUAUGACAAUGACAGCAAAACGUUUUAAAUAAAAUAAUAAACAGUAUAAUCGGUUUCAAUAAUGAUUUUUCGAGUUAAUAUUGAAAUUAUAUUUCUAUUUCGACAUGUCUUAUUAAAAAGAUCAAAUAAUGUAUAUGCAGGAAACUCUGAAUAAUAUGAGUGCUGAACCAAACGAUAUGAAAAGCGCUUAGACGCUUAAAACUUGAUCGGACAACAUGCCAAAAUGGCCGCUUCGCAUUUAUAAUAAAAAUUGGCAUAUUACAAUUUUUACUUGCUUGUAGCUACCAAAUUGAUUUAAAAAUCUCUAAAUAUUAAUUAAAGACUCUAAGUAUUAGCGGCUACCUACUGACAUGUAACUUUUACUUUUAGAGAAAAUGGUAGUGAGCCAAGGGCAGGGGAAAAUAAAUUAUGCUUUUAGUUUUAGUACAAAGAAAGUUAUUGUAAGGAACGAUGAAACAAAAUAUAUAUGAAUAUGAAUUAAAAGUACAGGUUUAUAAAUGGAAAAUUUUGAUUAUAAUUAUUUGAAUAUAGCUACAAUAAUUCAUAGACACAUAACAGUUUGAAAAUCAAUAAAUACAUUCAAAAUAAGUCUACCAACCACUACACGAGUAAUAAUGUAGCCUUUAUUUUAAAAUGGAUAUAAGUUAGUACGCUAUUUUUAAAAUUAUCUUAAUCUAGUGUAAUAUGAUAAUAAUUUACAAAAAUGUAAAUGUAAUUGUUAUUGUUGUACAUUAUGAAAUUUCUAUAAUACUUUAGAGAUAACUAAGAAUAGUCACGAAAAAAUGUAAAACGAUCCUCUUGCUUAAUGUAAUUUUGAAGGUAAGUCACUUAAGGUGUCGAUGUGACAAGAUUGGCCAAUGAUUGACUGGAAAGAAGGAGUAAGUAUAAAUACUAUAACAUAAAUUAUUGUCUUGUACGUAUAUUAAAGUUGCUACGGUCAUUAAAAAAAGCACGAUGCUAAAGUAAGCUCAUAAUUUGUUGCUGUUUAUU